AUGCCCUCUCAAAAUACGAAAAGUUCACAGGCAAAGACGUGGUCAAAAGAAAUCGAAGAGGCCUAUAGAUUCAAAAUUGCAGGUUAUCGAGAUGAGGCAGAAUAUAAGGCUGCGAAUCUCAAUUUUGAGAUAGAAAGAUGGCCAGAAUCUGGCUUCGUAAAAAAGCUUAGACGAAAAGAUGGAAGCUUUUUCUAUUACAACAGAGAACGCGAGUGUCCACAGUGGGAAAUAAUGAGAUUAAAACUAUUUGAACAAUGA